AGAGUACUUUCCCCGCCAGCGGGGAGUGCAUUCGACCUGCGGGUUUUGGCCUUCACUUGAUCAAAGAAACAGCUCGAGAGCGCUCGUCGAAUACCGGUUGGCGUUCUACUUUACUUGUUCCUGUGUCCACUGCACGUAUGCCUCUCUUCUGCGUAGGCGCGGCGGCCACGCAGCCGUCGGAGAUCUGCGAGGACCUCUCUGCGAAGCCCAUCGCUGCCCACGACGAACUUCUCGUGUCGACCGUCGCCCACCAACUCGGCCCACUCGCCGGGGCCGUCUGCCGCGCCCUGACGCAGUCCGGGCCGAUGACGCUGACGGACCUCAGCGAGACGGUGCAACGCGACGAGGAUGUCCGCGGCGUGGCGGCCGCCGCAGCGAACCGGGCGUCGGCGACCGGCGAAAGGACCACCGCCGUGCCGGCCACCCAUCAAAUCGGCACGAGCCUCCACGUCGACCUUGGCGAGUUGUCCUCCGCGAGUGCGUUGAUUCACGAGGUGGCGCUGAAGGAGGUCGUGACGCGGCUGGUGCUGCACCGACUGGUGUACGCGGACCCGUCCACGCAGCUCUACGGCGUGCGUCGCGGCACGGCGCUGCUGCUGCGCGUGUUCUUCCCGCUGCUCCUGCACUGCGUCCGUCAGCAGUACGGCGAGGCGGCGAAGUGUGUGCUGCUGGCGGUGUAUCAGCUGGGCGCCGUGCCGCCGGUCUCGGCGGUGCAGGUCGCCUUGAGUCGCACACCCAGCAUCGGCCGCGACGCCCUCGACUACGCCGUCACGCAGCUCGUGGCGGACGGCUGGUUGGUGCCGGUGGUGGUGGCCGUCGGCGACGGUGUCCCUCCCACACGUGCAGGCAGCAGCGGCGACGACGAUCUGUGGAGCCCCACCACACCCUACCGCGUCGGCGUGGAGAGCGCGCUCUUCUUUCUCAUGAACGAUGCGCUGGAGCAGGCGGUGGCGGAGCGCUACGCGGACGGCGGCCUUGCCCUGACCCUCAUCCGUGCGCUGCGACGGCGCGUGGCACCAAGGGCGGCGCACGGCGACGCUGGCGCCGCGUCGUGGGCGGAGUUGGCCGCGGCGCUGCCGACGUCGGCGGGUGUGCGGCGGGACCGGGCUGGGCGGCCGGUGGAGGUCGCGGAGAACACGCGCUCUGCGGAGUUGGUGCAGCGGUGCCUUCAGCAGCUAUGUCAGCCGAUCGUGCUGCUGAGCUGCGGUGCGGCCAGCUCGAUGACCUCGACGGCGGCCCUCUCCUCCUCCUCCCUUACUUUCCAUUCGACACCGCCGGCUACUCGGGCCUUGGUGGUCCAAUCGCACAGACAGCGCGGCCUCUACGCGCUCGACAACGUCACCGUCGUUCACCUUCUGCAGGAGGCGGCGUGCGAGCGGGUGGUGUACGCCGGCUACGGAGUGCUCGGGGUGCGCAUCAUGAAGCUGCUCCUGCAGCACCACUAUCUCGAGGAGCGCACACUGGCGGAGCAGUCGGUGGCCACCUACGCCAGAGCACGCGACGUGCUGCACCGCAUGUUCAAGGACGGCCUCCUCACGCAGCAGGAGGUGCCCCGCAGUGGUGCCUUGGCGGAGCGGGCGGCGAAGGGGAGCAUCUUCUUGUGGGGCCUCAGCUGGAGCGCCACGCUGCUGCCCACCGUGCGCGAGCGCCUGGCAAAGUCGCUCGCCGUUGCGUGGGUGAAGCUGCGCGAGGCACAGCAGCAGCAGCAGGCCGCGGUGUCAAAGGAUGAGAUGCGUGCGCACGUGCCUCCGUCGGCUCCGUCAUCGUCGACUCCCGAGGAGUCCGCCGGCCACGACGCCGUCGAUGACGCGGAGGCGAAGUGGAAGUACGGACUGACGAGGAGUGUGCAGCAGGCGUUGCAGGCGCAGCGCACCGUGACGGGGCUGCAGAGCUGUGUGAUGUCCCUCAUGCGUCUUCUUCUCAUUGUGGACUUCUUCUAG